AUGACAUUGAAACUAUCCACAGAGAAGGAACGGACAGCUCCGGAUGAUCUUAUUAGUUACGAUGAUGCAAUUAAAUACUGGUCAAGUAUAGAACCUAGUAUUAAUGGAGUACUUGGUGGAUAUGGCGAUACAACAAACGUUCCAAGAGUUGACAUAGUAGGAUCGCUCAUUUUUUAUAGGAGAGUGAAAACAAAAUUUCUUAAAACAUCAGAAGAAACCAAAUACGGCAUAGACUUCGGAGCUGGCAUUGGCCGGGUGACGAAAAAUUUACUAUCAAACAUUUGUGAUCAAGUGGAUCUUCUUGAACCGGUCGAAAACUUUGUGGUAAAAAUGAAUGAAGAGUUAAGGAUACUAAAAGCACAGGGGAAAAUAGGCGAAAUAUUGCAAAUUUCUAUGCAGAAUUGGGUACCAAAGAAGACUCAUAAGUAUCAUUUGUUAUGGUGUCAAUGGUGUUGCGGCCACAUUACAGACGAUGAUUUUUUAAAGUGGAUGGACAACUGUCGGUUAGCUCUGAAAGAAGGAGGCAUAUUGAUUAUUAAAGAAAACAACUCAACUGAUUUGCAUGGGAACGAUAUUUUCGAUCCGACCGAUUUUAGCAAGACUCGCUCGGAUUUACAUUUUAAAAAACUUUUCAAGCAAGCUGGUUGGAACUUAUGUUUAACCAUGAAGCAGAGAGGAAUGCCAAGAGAACUCUAUCCGAUCCAAAUGUAUGCCUUACAGCCAGAUAAAAACCCUUAA